AUGCUGCAGCACGAGAAGCGACAGCAGGAGCUGGAGCCACCGCCUCUACAGCAGAAGCAAGAGGAGGGGGAGCAACAGCAGCAGCAGCAGAAGCAGCAGCAGCAGCAGCAGCAGCAGCAGCAGCAGCAGCAGCAGCAGCAGCAGCAGCAGCAGCAGCAGCAGCAGCAGCAGCAGCAGCAGCAGCAGCAGCAGCAGCAGCAGCAGCAACAGCGGCAACAGCAGCAGCAACAGCGACAGCGACAGCAGGAGGGGCAACAAGCAGCAGCGUCUGCAGCAUCAGGGGCAACGAGAGCCUCUUCUGUGUCCUGGAUGGUGCUGGAGCUGCGGAGGGGUUCAACGGGGUGUGAAGAGGUGCUGCUGUAUGCGUGUCGGUUCUGCGGCAAGAGAUUUGCCCAGCCGCAGGGCCUGGGUGGCCACAUGAACGCCCAUAGGCGAGAUCGAGAGGCAGAGAUUCAUUACCCAGUAACCGUGCGCACAGGCGGAUCCACCCGGGGUGCUCUCACCACCCCUCCCUUGCUCACACCCUCUCUCCCCGCCUUCCCCCUCACUUGGCCCGCAGAUCGAGAGGCAGAGACCGUUCAGCAGGCAGCUGUGGCACCACAGUCCCCAGCCGCACAGGCGGAUCCACCUGGGGUGCUCUCACCACAUGCAGUACAAUCUCUGCCUGCAGCCCAAUCACUCAGUGCAGCCCAAUCACUCAGUGCAGCCCAAUCGUUGAUUGCAGCGCAAUCACUGACUGCAGCCAAGCUGCUGACUGCAGCAGAGUCACUGGGAAUGCGGCACCAACUCCCUGGGACCCGUUUCCACCUCACUGCUGCUGCUUCCACUGGAGUUGCUGGUGCUACUGGUGGUUAUCCUGCCACUACUGGCUUCAGGGGUGGCUCUGCUGACCCGGGUAGUGGCUCUGCUGCUUUGCUCCCCCGUGCUGUUGCUGCCGGAGGUUCACCUUUCAGCCUCACAGGUCACUCUACCUUCAGUUG